AUGACAGGACACGGACAGCGCGAUGAUGGGAAAAGAGACACCGUGCUGUCUACGGGUCCCCCCACCCCCAAGCCCCUCCAAGCCCAUCCCCAAGCCCCCUCCCCCGCCCCCCAAAUCUACAAACGGACCGCGAACAAGGCCAAGGCCAAGGCCAGGAAGAAGAAGAAGAAGACGAAGACGAAGACGAAGACGAAGAAGAAGAAGAAGAAGAAGAAGAAGAAGAAGAAGAAGAAGAAGAAGACGAAGACGAAGACGAAGAAGAAGAAGAAGAAGACGAAGACGAAGACGAAGAAGAAGAAGAAGCGAGAUCAAUCCCCCAAAACAACCCCCCCAUUUCAAACAGACAAGACAAAGGAAAACCGGAUAAAUAACUGCCUUUAG